AUGACCAAGCGAACCCAUCUCACUCCCGACGACUGGUGUCUCCCUCUCAAGAAGCGUCGCAACCUGGGCCAAGGCCAGGGUCUCCACGACGUCGCCCACGCCGCCUCCUUCAUCGUAGCCGAACCGCCCAGGACUCCCGAUUUCGUGUUCUCGCCCAUCUCUCCCCGCGCCCCCGCCACCUACUUCUUCAGACCCUGGUGUUCGCCAGAGACGCUGGUUCCUGCCAUUCCGAACCAUGCCGUCCUUUGGCCAGAAAGAAUUCAGUCGGGGGAUUUCGGUGUCAACAGCGCCCCCUGCAUGAGCGAGAGCCUUGUCGCCGACACGAAUGACUCAGGAAUCAGCGAAUCCAGCGCAGAUUCUUCCCUGGAGGGCUCGCCCUUGCAGACGCCCGUGGACGCCGUCUUCAGCCCUCACGUGGGUGACGUGAGCUACCGCGAGGACCCUCGGAGUGACGCGCCCCCCUUCGCAUCUCGGACGCCGCUGUCGGUCCACGGGGAGAGUCGCUUCGACUGCGAGGACUGCGGCCGCAAAUUCAAGAAGCGGGCGUACCUGGUGCGACACCAGAGGCUGCACACGGGCGAGACGCCCUACGCCUGCCCCAGCUGCCCCGCCGCCUUCAUCACGUGGGACAAGCUCAACAGACACAAGAUGAUCGACCAUCAGUAG